AUGGAUAUUCUAAUUUCUGUUGUUGGAAAGGUCUCAGAGUAUACUGUUGCUCCUAUUGGACGUCAAGCAAGUUACUUGAUACGCUACAAAGCCAAUUUCAAAACGUUAGCUGAUGAUGUUAAAGAAAUUGAAUAUGCAAGACAAAGAAUGAUGAUUUUGGUUGAAGAAGAAAGGAGAAAUGGUAAAACAAUUUUUCCAGAUGUGGAGACAUGGAUUAAGAAUGUGGACGAGGUCAUUGAAAAAGCGACUCAGCUUCAAAAUGAUCCCCGCCAUGCCAAUCUUAGGUGCUCAGCAUGGCCAUUUCCCAAUUUGAUUUCGCGUCAUCAACUAAGCAGGAAAUCCACAAAACUUGCAAAAGAUGUUGUUCAAUUUAAAGAAAAAAAGUUUUCUGGUCCACUUGGUGCUCUAGAUGGAGUAGCCUCUUCUUCCUCAACAAGAGGUGAUGAAAAAUAUGAGACAAGAGAGACACUUAAGCAGGAGAUUAUGGAAGCUUUAAAAGAUCCUAAUUCACGCAACAUUGGGGUGUAUGGGUUGGGUGGGGUGGGUAAGACCACUCUGGUGAAGGAAGUUUCUCAAAUAGCCAAGCAACACAAAUUGUUCGCUGAAGUGGUUACAACGCGUGUAUCCCAAAAUCCAGACUUGAAAACAAUUCAAGGGGAGAUUGCAGAUACGUUGGGUCUGCGAUUCCCUGAUGAGACUAUUCAAGGCAGAGCUGAUCGACUAAGACAGAGAAUCAAGAACGAGAAAAGUAUCCUUAUCGUUCUAGAUGAUAUAUGGACCGUAAUUGAUUUGAAGAAUGUGGGAAUUCCAUUUGGUGAUGAGCAUAAUGGUUGCAAAUUGUUUAUGACAAGUAGAAGUCAAAAUGUGUUGGUACAAAUGGAUGUUCCAAAAGAUUUCACUUUCAGACUUGAACUUAUGAGUGAAAAAGAGACAUGGAGCUUGUUUCGAUUUAUGGCUGGUGAUGUGGUUAACAAUAGGGAUUUGAAAGAUGUAGCAAUUCAAGUUGCCCAAAAAUGUGCGGGUUUGCCUCUUCGUGUAGUUAUGGUAGCACGUGCAUUGAAAAAUAAGAGGGAUGUCCAUUCUUGGAACGAUGCAUUAAGGAAAUUACAAAGUAAUGAUCAUGCAGGGAUGGACACAUUAACUUAUUCUGCUUUGGAAUUGAGUUACGACGCAUUGGAAAGUGGUGAAGUUAGGGAUCUAUUCUUGCUUUUUGCAUUACUUCCCGGUGGUCAUAUAGAGUAUUCUCUGGAAGUUGCAAUGGGUUUGGACAUAUUAAAGCAUGUUAAUACCAUGGAUGAUGCAAGAAAUAGACAUUACGCAAUAAUCAAAUCUUUGGAGGAGACAUGUUUUUUGCAUGAAAGUAAAACAAGCGGAGAGAUCAAAAUGCAUGACUUUGUUCGUGAUUUUGCUACCUCCAUAGCACGCAGGGACAAACAUGUAUUUCUAAGGGAAUUUGCUGAUAUGGAAUGGCCAACUAAUGAUUUUUUGAACAGGUGCACGCAGAUCAUUCUACGUAAAUGUCAUAAUUUGCACGAGCUUCCUCCAAAGGUUGAUUGUCCAAGCAUUAAGUUUUUCUGUUUCAUCAGCAGGAAUCGAACUUUAGAAAUCCCAGAUAUGUUUUUUGAGGGUAUGAAAAACCUUACAGUGCUAGAUUUAACAUAUCUGACCUUACCUUCAUUGUGUCUAGAUUUCUGUGUUUUGGAAAACAUGGAUGCAAUAGAAGCUUUGCAAAAUUUAGAAAUUCUUAGUUUCUGGAAAUCUUCAAUGAUCAAGUUGCCAAGAGAAAUAGGGAGAUUGACUAAAUUGAGAAUGCUUAAAUUGAGCCAUUCAGGAAUAGAAGUAGUCCCACCCAAUAUCUUAUCAAGCUUGACUAAGUUGGAGGAGUUGUACAUGGGCAAUACGUCUAUUAAUUGGGCAGAUGUGAAUUCUACAGUUGAAAAUGAAAAUGCUAGCAUUGCCGAGCUUCGGAAACUACCCAACUUGACAGCUCUAGAAUUACAAAUUCGCGAGACUUGGAUGUUGCCAAGGGACUUGCAACUGAUUUUUGAGAAGCUGAAAAGAUACAGAAUAGCUAUUGGAGAUGUAUGGGAAUGGUCUGACAUUAAGUAUGGAACCUUAAAGACAUUGAUGCUCAAACUUGGUACCAACAUACAUUUGGAGCACGGAAUUAAAGCAUUGAUUAAAGGUGUUGAGAAUUUGUACUUGGAUGACGUAGAUGGAAUUCAAAAUGUGCUUUAUGACCUAAAUGGGGAAGGAUUUCCAUUGCUGAAACAUCUCCACAUCCAAAAUAAUGCAAAUGUGAAGCACAUUGUUGACUCUAAGGAGAGGAAUCAAAUCCAUGUGUCCUUUCCCAUCUUGGAAACUCUGCUACUUGAUAAUCUUAAAAACUUAGAAAAUAUAUCUCAUGGUCCACUUUCAGCUACUUCUUUUGAAAGUCUUAGUGUUAUCAAAGUCAAAAGUUGCUUCCAAUUAAAAUAUCUUUUCUCCUUUACAAUGGUUAAACGACUUUCCCACCUUUCUAAGAUUGAAGUUUGUCAGUGCAAUUCUAUGAAAGAUAUAGUACUCGAAGACAACAGUUCAAGUGCAAAUAAUGAAAAAAUUGAGUUCCUUCAAUUGCGUUCUCUGACUCUAGAACAUUUGGAGACACUCGAUAAUUUCUUCUCACACUCCAAAAGUAAGCAAAAGUAUCAAGGUUUGGAACCUUAUGUUUCUUCUACACCAUUUUUCAAUGUCCAGGUUGCAUUUCCUAAUUUGGAUACCCUUAAAUUGAGCUCACUCAAUUUGAGUAAAAUUUGGGAUGAUUAUUCCACGUACAACUUGACUAGUUUGAUUGUGGAGAGUUGUGGCGGGUUGAAGUACUUAUUCUCUUCUACGGUGGUCGGAAGUUUUAAGAACCUCAAACACCUUAAAAUAAGUAAUUGUCCUUUGAUGGAAGAAAUAAUAUCUAAAGAAGAGGGAAACAAUCCAUUGAAUGAGGUUCCUUUCUUGAAAUUAGAGAAAAUAAUAUUGAAGGAUAUGGACAACUUGAAGACAAUAUGGCACCACCAAUUUGGGUCAUUGAAGUCGUUGCAUGUGAGCAAUUGUAAAAGAAUUGUGGUAAUUUUUCCUUCUUCAAUGCAAAAAACUUAUAACAAAUUAGAGAUGUUGGAGGUUACAAAUUGUGCUUUGGUGGAAGAAAUAUUUGAGUUGACUUUCAGCUGUAUAGAGGAUACAACACAUCUGAAAAAAGUUACAAUAAUUGGAUUGCCGAAGUUGAAAAAGAUAUGGAGUCGGGAUCCUAAAGAAAUUCUUAGCUUUCAAAAUCUAAUAGAUGUGCAACUAAAUGGUUGUCAAAGUUUGGAGUAUCUAUUACCAUUUUCUGUAGCCACUACUAGUUGUUCACUUCUCAAAGAGCUUGUGAUAAAAAAUUGUGCAAGCUUGAAUAGAAUUGUUGCAGAGAAGAAAGAAUCUAGGGUGUGUGCAUGUCCCAUAUUUAUGUUUAAUCAACUGAGUACUCUAGUGCUUUGGAACUCGAACAAACUCAAGUGUUUCUAUGUUGGAGAGCAUACUCUAUCAUGUCCAUCUUUGAGGAAAAUUGAUGUUUUCAGAUGUUCAAAAUUGAACUUGUAUAGAACUCUUUCCACAUGCAGCUCUAAAAGUAGUUUUCAACAUGAUAAACUCUCAGUCGUAACUCAACAACCACCUUUCAUCGCCGAAGAGGUUAUUCCAAACUUGGAGAGGUUGAGGAUAGAACAAAAGGAUGCUGACAUGAUAUUGCAAGCCCAAAACUCAAGUGCCCUCUUUACCAAACUGACCUUUCUUGGUUUAGGAUUUUAUAACAAUGAAGACUCUACAUUUCCUUAUUGGUUUCUUAAUAAUGUGCAUACUCUUGAGGUGUUAGUUGUUGAGUGGAGUCGCUUCAAGAAGAUUUUUCAAAACGAAAAACAAACAAGUGAGAAGACUCAUACUCGGAUAAAAAAUCUGGUAUUGAGUGAAUUACAUAAACUUCAACAAAUAUGUGAGGAAGGAUCUCGAAUUGACCCAGUUCUUGAGUUCCUUGAACACUUAUGGGUUGCUAGCUGUUCUAGUUUGACAAAUUUGUUGCCUUCCUCUGUCACCCUUAAUCAUUUGAAUUAUCUAGAGAUAAUAAGUUGCAAUGGUCUAAAAAGUUUAAUUACAACUCCAACGGCACAGAGUUUGGUCAAACUCAAAACACUUAAGGUAAGAGAUUGUAAAUCACUUGAAGAAAUAAUUACCGGAGUAGAAAGUGUUGACAUUGCAUUUGUUAGUUUAGAAGUUUUGAUGUUGGAAUGUUUGCCAAGCCUCAACAAAUUUUGCUCUAGCAAGUUCUUCUUGAAGUUUCCGUUGUUGGAGAAAGUAAUUGUGAGAGAAUGUCCUUACAUGAAGAUGUUUUCAGAGAGAAACCCAAGUACACCAAAUCUUCGAAAAGUUAAAAAUGCAGAAAAUGAAGAGGAAUGGCAUUGGAAGGGAAACCUAAAUGAUACAAUAAAAAAAAUGUUUGAAGAAAAGGUUGGAUUUUCUAAAUUCAAAUAUUUAGCCUUAUCGAACCACCCUGUGCUAAAGGAUUUAUGGUAUGGCCAAGUGGAUCAUCAGAAUGUAUUUUGCAAUCUGAAACAUCUAGUGGUGCAAAGAUGUGAUUUCUUAUCACAUGUACUUUUUCCAUCAAAUGUUGUUCAAGUGCUACAUAAAUUGGAAGAACUAGAAGUGAACAACUGUGAUUCAUUAGAAGCCAUAUUUGAUGUUAAAGGUAUGAAGUCUAAUGAAUUAAUAUUGAUAAAACAAAGCAGUCAAUUAAAAACGUUGACUUUGUCUUGUUUAUCAAACUUGGAGCACAUAUGGAACGAGGAUCCUCAUGAAAUUAUGAACUUUGGAAACCUAUGCUCGGUGGAUGUUUCUUCGUGCCAAGGCUUGUUAUACAUCUUUUCAUUGUCCAUGUGCCAAGAUCUUGGAAAUCUUGAAAUGCUUGAGAUAGAUUCUUGCGGAGUCGAGGAUAUUGUUGCAAUGAGAGACGGACCAAUGGAAAUUAGUUUAAAUUUCCCCCUACUAAAUACAUUGGUACUAUGCGGUUUGACAAAACUAAAGAGUUUCUAUCAAGGAAAACAUACUUUAGAAUGCCCUUCAUUGAAGAUUUUGAAUGUAUGUCGUUGUGAAACAUUGAGAAUGUUUUCCUUCAACAAUUUAGACUUGCAACAACCCGAGUAUUUGGUGGAUGAAAGUUCCCAACAAGCCCUUUUUUCUAUUGAAAAGCUAAGCACCAACCUGGAGGAACUGACGAUAAAUGCAAAGGAUGCCUUUAGAAUGUUGAAUGAUUACUGUCAAGAAAAUAUCUUUCCUAAAAUACAACGUCUUCGUUUGCAACGCUUUGAUGAAACUCCAACUGUUUUUUUGAAUGAUUUCCAUGCAAUAUUACCUAAUCUAACAACUCUUCAAUUGCGUAAUAGUUGUUUUGAAACAUUAUUCCCUUCAAAAGGAACUCCUGGCAAUCUCAAUGAUGAACUUUCUAAGCAAAUAAAAGAGUUGUGGCUUUAUGAAUUGGAAAAGAUGAAGUAUAUUUGCCACGAAGAUUUUCCAUUGAAUCUUGAAGAUUUAUACGUAAAUAGUUGUCCAAGUUUGAUAUGCUUGAUACCAUCGUCCACAUCUUUCACAAAUAUGACGACUUUGGAGGUGAAUGAUUGCAAAGAGUUGUUUUAUUUGAUAACAUCUUCAACAGCUAAAAGCUUAGUUCAGCUCAGAGAAUUAAAAAUAAAGAAGUGUGAGAAGAUGUUGGAUGUUGUGAAGAUUGAUGAUGAAAAAGUAGAGGAAGACAUCAUAUUUGAAAAUUUGAAAAUCUUGAAGUUCAUUACUUUGUUAAGUUUAAGAAGCUUCUCAAGUGGGAAACAAACAUUCAUAUUCCCAUCUUUGGUGCAUUUUGUUGUUAAAGGAUGUCCUCAAAUGAAGAAUUUUUCAUUAGGAGUCACACAAGCACCAUGCUUGACAGAAAUUGAAGUUGAAGAGGAAAAUAUACGAUGGAAAGGUGAUCUUAACACAACUAUUAAACAAUUGUUCAUAGAAAAGCAAGCCCCACAUUGUGAUGGGACCAUCGUAUCAUCAUAUUCCCAAGAUGAUGAGAUCGCAUGUGAAGAUGGUAUCGAUGCAGAAGCUAAGGAGUGA